AUGGCUUCCAAUUCAAUUCCAGCUGGUCUGGUCGUAACAGCCAAACAAACAUACUACCCAAUCGAGCUCUCUAACUCAGAACUAUUGGCACACUAUGAUACUAUUCAAGAAUACCAACAAGAAAUCCUUUCAGAUAUGUUAGCUCAAUCAAACAAAUUUAAACCAAACACCAAAUUGAUUGAUCAACAACCAGAGAUGAACCCACUGGAGACUAGAACUCCUACCAUUACAUUCCUUUACGAAUUAUCUGUCAUGACUAGAGUUACAAACGGCAUUUUCUUCCAAGCUUGUAGAUUAUAUGAUCGUUAUUGUUCCAAGCGUGUAGUUCUUAAGGAUCAAGCUAAAUUGGUUGUUGCUACUUGUCUAUGGUUAUCCGCAAAGACUUGGGGUGGUUGCAAUCAUAUCAUUAAUAACAUUGUCGUUCCAACUGGUGGUAGAUUCUAUGGUCCAAACCCAAGAGCUAGAGUCCCAAGAUUAUCUGAAUUGGUUCAUUAUUGCGGUGGAUCAGAUAUUUUUGACGAAUCCAUGUUUCUACAAAUGGAAAGACAUAUCCUUGAUACAUUAAACUGGGAAAUUUAUGAACCAAUGAUCAAUGAUUUUGUAUUAAAUGUCGAUGAAAACUGCUUGAUCCAAUAUGAAUUAUAUGAAAGACAAAUCGAACAAAAGAAUCAAUUCAUUAGAAAGCGUGAAUCCCAAACUUCUCAAGACAGUGAUGCUACUGUCGACUUUAAUGAGAACGGUUCAAACAAUGCUUCCAACGGAACAACUAACCAAGAUAUAUCUAUGGCUAUUGAUCCAGUUAAUAUGGAUACAACUUUGAAUGAUGAAGAAGAUGAAGAUCUUAAAUUAAAGAUUCAAUUGAUCAAUUUAAAGAAAUUUUUAAUUGAUUUAUCUACUUGGCAAUAUGAGCUAUUAAACUUCGAGAUCUUUGAGUUGGCGUAUGGUAUCUUCUCUAUCAUUAACAGAUUCACUAAUCAAGAUCAAGGCCCAUUCUUAGUUACACCAACUCCUUCCAUGAACAAACAAACUCAAUUGUUUAACUUAUUUAUCAGUGCUGUAGUCGAUACUCCUGCAUCCUUAAUUGAAAUAUACAAAGAACAAAAAGGUAUUGUAUCCUUCAUUAAGAAUGUCAAGAGUUACCAUUCUGAUUUACAAAAGAAAAUGCAAAUGGCUUCAUCCAUAGAUUUAUCCAGAAGAAUCACUGUUAAUACUGGUUAUCCUCAAUCAAACUCUAAUAUCCCAUCACCAAUCUACUCUAACCAAAGCUAUACACCAAUGAGAAACGGUAGUGCUCAAUCUGAAAAUAGUGUCUUUAGUACGGUAGUCGGCCAUGGUUCACCAAUAACUCCAAUAUUACAUACAUUCCAACAUCUUAAGAAUGACAGUGCAUGUGCAAGUUCUAUGAGUGUUUCAAGCAUACCGAAUGGUAAAAUGAAUGGAUACAAUGCUCAAAACAGUGUGAUUACCAAUCAACAUCAUAUGGAUGAUCAAUAUUAUAAUGAAAGUAAUAAAGAAAAUCAAUAUCCUAAUCAUAUACCCCCAAGGGCUAAGUUCAUUAACACAGGGAUGUUCCAAUCUCCAAGUGGGACUAUCAACAGUAGAACAUCUAGCAAUAGAUCUUCAAUGAUAUCGUUAGCUCUUGCUAACAAUACAAACAGUAUGGCUACUUAA